AGACGGUGAUAAUAGUUUUGCUUCACGCAGGUGACAAGCCGUAGAUUUAUUCUGUUUUAUUUCCGUGACUUCUUUUCCUUUUGCCUGAUUUACGGUUCAUAUAAAAUUCCGUGUAUUAUGUAGGAGGCUUCUCCAGCACACAAACCCACUAAUAAGUUUUUAGUUACGUAUGGCGAGUGGGCCAGCUUCUGUCGAAUUAUUGUCACCUGCUUGACAAACAAAAUGUCUAUUCUCAAAAACGUAAAACAUGAAAAUGAUACCUCCAACCUGGAAGAUAGUUAUGUUUUGCAGUUCGGCCAAAAGACUCAACAUCUGGACAGCCAUCUUGUAAUGGACAGAGUGCUCGCCUUCGAUGAUGUCAUCACUUCUCCGUCCUCUAAUUGGAUGGUACGUGUCCAGCUCAAGGCAAAACAACAUAACAACAACAGUAAUCGAGCUGCAGCAUCCGGCAAACUACCUGACCAAGUUCUCCCUUCAAUCAAAGUUGCCUGAUAACAAACUACAUGUCCGCAAUGUUUAUUGUACCACUGCUACAAAGAAGCCAAUGUUGUCUGCGGGGUCAUUUCUGCUUCCUACUGGCCUCCCUGCAAAAAAGAUGUUUACAGCCGUGCCAAAGUCGUCCAAGCCGCCAUUUUGUGUUGUUGACAACAACAUGGGGCACAGGGAGUUCCUAAAUAAACUCUCAGGACUUGUGCCUGUAUACAUAAGGAAAAAGGAUUAUGGAGAGGUACCCAAAUAUCUUCUACGCCGCAGACCAAAGCCCCCAAAGUCUCCACAGGAAAAGAGUGUUAUCGAGGUGGCGAAACCAGAGGAACCAGAUAUCGAAAAGCUUACAGAAGAGGACUUUCGUGAAAUCAUUGAGUACCUGAAAAAGAGACUUCAAAAGCUGAACAAGGCCUACAUGCUUCUUCCAUUAGUCAUAGACACGCCUUGGUUGAAGAACCGUAAGUUGCGAAUGGAGGCUGAUAUGAAUCAGGUGGAGACUGACAUUGAACUCAUUGAAACUUUGGUGUCCAACAAGAGCACAUGAACCCACGCCGUCUGUCUUCACCAAAGCAAGCACACCAAAGUCUGCCGGACGCAGACUCUGCUUUGCAUCUCUUUGAAUAUGAUGAAAGAUUGCAGUCAUGACAUAUUUUAUUUUUAUGUUAGAACUUCUAUUCAAAUGUGCUGUUUAUGUGUAUACAUAUAUUUUUUUAAUCUGUUCAAAUGUGCUGCGUGUGUUUGUAUGUGUAUGUAAGUAUAUAUGUAUACUUCAAAAUGAACGGUACAAGGCAGAGUUGACUGGAAGCAAAGGGCCACUCAGUAAAUUUAAGCAGGAUGUGAUUGCAGUAUAAAAAGCUUUAAGUCAAUCAUGUUUACUGUGCUAUUUUAAUCAGGCAGACCACAGUUUUCAAGUUGGAAUAGCUUUUCUGAUCCUGCAUGAUCA